GUGGCGCGGGGCGGGGCGCGGCUGGUGCGCCCGAGGAGCGAUGGCGGCGGCCUGAACUCACCUAGCACCGCCGUGGCGCACGGGCCUGGUCAGGGUCGGGGUUCUCUGAGUGAACAAUCUGAAAGUCUGGACUGUGCAGUGGCCUCUGGGCUCAUCACUCUAGCCUAUUCUAUCUUCUUGUUCCAUGGCUAGCUACUGGCUACAGACCGGAUGAAGCAGGUUGGAGACAGAAGUGGAGAAGGCCUCCAGCUGGUGGAUUCUCCAAGUGUGGUGGUCUGGCUGCUGGCCUUGCCCAGCCUGCCUCAUGGAGAGGAUGAACUGGCUGAGCAGACUGGCCUCCAGGGGACAGGGGCCCCGUGCCCCUCAAGGGACCAGUCCGCAGGCCCCUGUCAUGGCUGACCCUGAGACAUGCCUCAUGGUCUUUAAGAAUCACUGGUCCCAGGUGGUACGGAUCCUGGAGCGACAAGGCCCUCGGGCAGCGGAUGAUCUCAGUGCUGUUCGCAACCACACUUACCAGAUGUUAACAUUGCUGGCAGAGGACCGCGCUGUCUCCUCGGUGAACCCAGCCCCUGGGCCCCUGCUGGAAUUUGCUCUACGUGAGGAUCUGCUAACUCGAGUGUUAACGUGGCAGCUUCAGUGGGAUGAGCUUGGGGAUGGGGUCGAGGAACGGCGUGCUGAGCAACUGAAACUGUUUGAGAUACUAGUGAGUGAAGCGCGCCAGCCACUGUUGCGGCAUGGUCCAGUUCGUGAAGCUCUGCUGACCUUGCUGGAUGCCUGUGGCCGCCCGGUGCCCAGUAGCCCAGCACUGGAUGAAGGCCUGGUGCUACUUCUCAGCCAGCUGUGUGUGUGUCUGGCCCGGGAACCUUCAUUACUCGAGUUCUUCCUGCAGCCGCCACCAGAACCUGGAGCUGCCCCUCGUCUUCUCCUUUUUUCUCGCCUUGUCCCCUUUGUCCAUCGAGAGGGCACCCUGGGUCAGCAGGCCCGAGAUGCUCUACUCCUGCUCAUGGCACUGUCAGCUGGGAGCCCCACUGUGGGCCGCUACAUCGCAGAUCACUCUUACUUCUGCCCGGUGCUGGCCACAGGGCUGAGUGCCCUGUACUCCUCACUGCCUCGAAAGAUUGAGGUUCCAGGGGAUGAUUGGCACUGUCUACGACGGGAGGACUGGCUGGGAGUGCCAGCCCUUGCACUCUUCAUGAGUUCCCUUGAGUUCUGCAAUGCAGUCAUUCAGGUGGCCCAUCCGCUGGUGCAGAAGCAGCUGGUGGAUUAUAUUCAUAAUGGAUUCCUGGUGCCUGUCAUGGGUCCUGCCCUGCACAAGACCUCUGUGGAGGAGAUGAUUGCCAGUACUGCAUAUCUGGAACUUUUUCUACGGAGCAUCUCUGAGCCUGCCUUGCUCCGUACUUUCCUGCGAUUCCUGUUGUUACAUCGGCAUGACACCCACACCAUCCUUGACACCCUUGUUGCACGUAUUGGCAGCAACUCCCGGGUAUGGCCCCUACCUCUGUCCUGGCUUACCUGGCUCUGCAUGGUUUCUUUGAGUCUCUUCAGGACCUUACUGAACCUCAGCUGUGAGGAUGUUCUGCUGCAGCUGGUUCUCAGGUAUCUUGUCCCAUGUAAUCAUGUGAUGCUAAGCCAGAAGCCAGCAGUGCGUGAUGUGGACCUAUAUGGACGAGCAGCUGACAAAUUUCUCUCCCUAAUCCCACGCUGUUGUCGGCACCGUGCCCCCAGCCCACCCCAUCCAGAGCAUGCUUCUUGGGCACGAGGUGGGCCUAGCAGAGAGGAAGGGAGAAGGGAGGACACCACGGGCCCUGGCAGCCCAACUGUUGAUUCUUCUUCUGUGGUGACAGUACCCCGACCGUCCACACCAUCCCGCCUGGCCCUCUUCUUGCGACAACCGAGCUUGAGUGGCUCUGAGUCUCCAGCCGCAGCCCCUCGCUCACCAGGGCUUGCUGGAUCUCCAGCCUCCAGCCCUGGCCGACGCCCCAGCCCUGCAGAGGAGCCUGGUGAGCUGGAAGACAAUUACCUGGAGUAUCUGCGUGAGGCACGCUGUGGUGUGGACCGCUGUGUCCGAGCCUGCCGAACCUGGUCUGCCCCCUAUGAUGGCGAGCGACCCCCUCCUGAGCCCAGUCCUGUUGGCUUCCGGACUAAGAAACGCAGCCUACUGCCUGAGGGGGAAAGAGACAAUGUGGGAGAAGGAGAGGAGGAAGAUCUGGGGAGUGGGGGGCUGGUUGGGGUUGCAGGGGAGGGCUCCAGCCACUUACCCCCUCCUCAGCUUAAUGGAGUAUCAGGACCAUGGCUUGAGGGGACCAAGAAGGUUCGGCGGGUGCCACUGGAGGUUGCUGGGGAACUGCUAGAGGGCAUCUCUGAGGGCAUGGCGGGACUAGAGAGCUUUGGACAGGAGCUCCGGGAGCUGGAGGUGGCAUUGAGCAAUGGCGGGGCUGGCUCAGAGCUCCCCCUAGAGCCUCCACUACCUCUUGAGGAGGAGGAGGCCUUCGAGAGCUUCACCUCUCCCCCUGAGCCCCCAGCCCCCUUCCUCAGCAGCCCAUUGAGGACUCUCAACCAACUGCCAAGCCAGCCCUUUACUGGCCCCUUCAUGGCUGUGCUCUUUGCCAAACUCGAGAACAUGCUGCAGAACUCCGUCUAUGUCAACUUCCUGCUGACGGGGCUGGUGGCCCAGCUGGCCUGUCACCCCCAGCCCCUGCUCCGCUCUUUCCUGCUCAACACCAACAUGGUCUUCCAGCCCAGUGUCAAGUCCCUGCUGCAGGUGCUUGGCUCUGUGAAGAAUAAGAUUGAGAGCUUUGCAGCGUCCCAGGAGGACUUCCCAGCACUGUUAUCCAAAGCCAAGAAGUACCUCAUUGCCCGUGGCAAGUUGGAUUGGGCAGAAGGUCCAGCAGCAGGACCUGCUCUCCGCCGCUCUGAUCCCCUAGUGAAGAGCCGGAGGCCAUCCUUGGGGGAGCUGCUUCUGAGGCACACACACAGCCCUACCAGGACCCGACCGGCGGCACAGCUGGUACAUCAGCCGGGGAGAGAUGGAGCAGGACAUGGCCUAGGUGGCAACUCCCCUGGGACUUCAACUCCUAUUCUUCCUCCCCGGGGAGGUGCCCCUGAGCGCCAAGGUGAGGCUCUGCGAGUCAAGAAUGCUGUCUACUGUGCAGUCAUUUUCCCUGAGUUUCUCAAGGAGUUGGCUGCCAUCUCCCAGGCCCAUGCUGUGACCUCGCCUUUCUUGUUGGAAACUUCAGAGGAGGGAUCUGGCCCUCCCAUCUCAGGAUCUGGGCCCCUCAAUCCUUAACUUUAUUCCAUGGACAAUCAGGGCCGUGAAUGGCCUAGGCAGGGGCCCAGGUACAGGCCCCUUUUUAUGUUUGGAGGCAGUGGCAAGAAGACUUUUUAAUUUAUUUCAGAUGAAUGUUUUAUGGAGAACUUGCAAUAUGUAUAAAAGGGAAAUCUCUA